AUGGCAGAUGCGACGAGGGUGAGGCCGCGUCAAAUUUGGGCGGACCCUACUACGACGACUACGCAUACGUAUCUUCCCGGCUGCACCCCGAUUUUACUGAGUAGUGAUGGUGUGAUUCAUGUAAAUCAGUCUUUUUCCUUGACACUCGCCGAGAACGCUGUGUUCGAACCGACCUGCACAGGCGACCCGUCGGACUAUACCCAUACCUCUGCCGUUCUCGACACGCGUGACCCGUUCUAUUCCUCCGUUACGCCGCAACUGUACGCUAUCGGGUGCUGUACAGUUGUCAGUUAUAUCCUCGUGAUAAUCCUCCUCAUUACACCACGCACAUUCUACGUCGGCGGCCCCGGUGGCGGUGCAAACUUUUUGAGUCGCCAUGGUAUGAUCAGCAGUUCGUAUAGCGGAAACUCGUCAGUGGUGGGCGUUGGUGGGCGGCCAUGGCUGCAGAAGGUGGCCGCGAUAGGCGUUGCAAUAUCGCUCACGAUUGCGACCGCAGACUCUUUCAAAGUUGCCAAGAAUCAAUAUGAAUAUGGAUUCUCAGAUGCCGAGGCCCUCUCCCAACAGGUCAUUGAUGGUCGAGAGAUCAGGAUUGUCCGGAUCAUAUCGCAAACUUUCCUCUGGCUGGCCCAGGUUCAGACAUUGAUCAGACUGUUCCCGCGGCAUAAGGAGAAGGUUAUGAUCAAAUGGGCUGGGUUUGCGCUGGUCGUGUUGGAUACCCUGUUUAGUAUUUUGGAAAAUUUCUGGUACCAGAGCACGUCUACUCGACCCAGAUCUUAUGAUGAUGCUGUUUCGGCACUGAGCUACUUGUUUGAGUUGGCUCUGAACUUGUUGUAUGCGGCAUGGGUGAUAUUCUACUCCAUUUCGAAGCAUCGCUAUGCGUUCUUCCAUCCGAAAAUGCGCAAUAUCUGUUUCGUGGCACUUUUGUCCCUGGUUGCAAUAUUGAUACCGGUCGUGUUUUUUGUCAUGGACAUUGCGAGACCGGAAAUCGCUGGCUGGGGAACCUAUAUCAGAUGGGUAGGAUCAGCGGCUGCAAGCGUGGUGGUAUGGGAAUGGGUGGAACGCAUCGAAGCUCUCGAACGCGACGAAACCAAGGAUGGAAUCCUUGGUCGUGAGAUAUUUGAUGGCGACGAAAUGCUUGACAACACCCCAUCCGAAGAAGUUGACUGGCCACGAUAUUCCUCUCAUGGCUCCGAUGGCGGAAGUGGAAACGGCGCGUCUUCAGGAUGGGGUGGCGUAAUGGGUCUCGCCCACCGUCCUUUACGAACACGAGUGGGAAUCUCUCGUGACGGCGGCAAUCGUGGUCUGAACAGUUUAUUACAUCCAUCAAAUGAUGCCGCAGCACCCCGGCGUCAAUCUCACUCCCGCCCUACGCCGCCUCCCAACGUUAUCACUCCAGUGAGCCGCGCAGACACGAACAGUGCCGCUAGUACGGUGUACAAUGUUCGAUACCAUCCGGUGGCCAGCCCCACGCCACCUGUGCCCAUGCCGCAUAUGGAGGAAGAGGACGAGAUAGAAGAAGAGAAAGAAAUAGAGGUCGAGGCAAUGCAUGCUGGGGGUAGUAUUGCGCAAACUCUCUCUCCCAACGAUUCCCGAGAGCAAUCACCCCAAAUCGUUCAAACCGACCCUCGUUGGCGAACUUUGUUGAACCCAUUCAAGCGAAGGCGUGCAUCGCUUCCCAAAGAAGUUGCGUCUGCGCAGGCUGGCGAGGAGGCAGUUAACGGCGAGGCCAACUAUAUGUCGGGCGACGAGCAGGGGCAGGAGCGCAGCCGCCCCGCUACUCAAGUUCGAGGCAAUCACCCCUUCUUUUCGCUUCAUCGCAAGGGGCCUUCUGCUGCGGAGGCUGGCGACGCCUCUCUGCCGGUCACUGUGAUCCCUGCUCGAACCCGCAGCCACCACACAUGGACGCAACAAAACCAGCUCUUGGAAUCAGCUAGCAAUUUACAGUCCCGAUCAGGUCCAGCCGUCCAGUCAGGCCGCACUCGCCGAUUUGGUCGGUCUGACCGCGGCAACCUCCCCGUUCAGGUCAUUCCCCUCCCAACCGUCUUCAUCCGCUCCAUGGACUGA